AUGACCGACCAGCGCAAGAUAUUCAUCGGUGGCCUCCCGCACGAGGCCGACCAGGAGACCAUCCGCGAGGACUUUGGGCGGUACGGCGAGAUCGAAGACGUCUACCUACCGCGGGACCGCGAGACGGGCAAGCCAAAGGGAUUCGGAUUCGUGACGUACAGAGACCACCGCGACGCGAGCGAAGCCGCCACUGCGAUGGGCGGGCGCGACUACCGCGGCCGAAGCAUCACGUGCAACAUUGCUCGCCCGCGGGAAGAAAACAAGUCAGCACCCGAAGGCCGCGGCGGG